AUGUACCAAUCUGCCCUGGGCAUCCUGUCGCGCUUCCACCAGCAUCAACGAUGGGGCUGCAUGAUUGCUUUGCUCGUACAAAUCCGCUCCAGAUCCAAGGUCAAGUCUAUGGUCAUCGCACUAGCUACUAACGGCGAAUUCCACUUGUACAUCCAAAAUGCUGUCGUAAACACUGUAGCCUUUAAUGUCUUGGACCACGUCUACCUAGAGGCGAUUCAAACUGCGACAAAACAUCAGAAAUAUCUCUUCUCUCUCUCACUCCGCCAAUCCUACGCCCGCUCCCUCUCAGCAAAGGUCCCCGCUCCAAUCGACAUUGUCAAAAGUCUGCUGGAGGAUGCUGCCCGAGAUGUACCAUACACGAACCUGGAUCUCGCAGCAGCCUGUUUCCAGGUAGAAUGCAGGCUUGGAACGAUCUACCUCGGCAACGCCAAGGCCACCAGAGGGCCGGCAAAGAAGACGAAGCGGACGCAUGGCUACGCCAAAUAG